UUGCUUGCAAUUAGGUACCGAAGCCUGGGGGAGAGGAAACAUGGCGGAACCCGAAUCUAAAAGGAAAAUACCAUUGGUUCCAGAAAACCUGCUAAAGAAAAGAAAGGCCUAUCAGGCAAUCAAAGCUACCCAGGCAAAGCAGGCUUUGCUAGAUAAGAGAAAGCAUCGAGGAGGAAAACAGAUUAAAUUCAAACGCCUUGAGGCAUUUGUGCGUGACUCUCAUCGGAAACGCAGAGAUAAUGUCCGCCUGCAACGCAUGGAACACAAACCUGGACUGAUGGUACUGCCUGAGGGACACAAGCUGGCAUUUGUUGUACGGAUUGCUGAAAUUAAAGGGGUGAGUCUACAAAUUCUGCGCGUCAUACAGAGGCUGCGGUUGAGAAAGAUUUACAGUGGCACAUUCGUCAAGUUGUCACCAGCAUCACUGAAAAUGCUGCGGAUUGUGGAGCCUUAUGUGGCCUGGGGAUACCCCAACCUGAAAUCUAUUCGAGAGCUGAUCCUGAAGCGAGGCCAUGCCAAAAUCAACAACAAGAAGCUUGCUCUUACAGACAAUGUUUUGAUUGAAAAGCAUCUAGGAAAUUAUGGUAUCAUUUGUCUGGAAGAUCUUAUACAUGAAAUUUACUCAGCUGGGAAUCAUUUUCGCGAAAUCAAUAAAUUUUUGUGGCCAUUCCACCUGUCAGUGGCUCGUCAUGCUGCUCGUAAUAAAAUGGGGUUCCGCAAGGAAAUUGGUGAUCCUGGAUUCCGAGGCGAUGGGAUCAACCAGCUCAUACGGCAUUUGAACUAGAUUCAGAAACUUUUUUAUGAACACUAGCCGAUGUUCUGGAAGAUUGUACUCCAUGAUGUACAUUUGUUCUUCAAAGAUUCCUGGGACUAUGUUAUGUUCCAUCUGAAAUGAUGAGAACACAGGUGAAAGAGCAACUAGACUUCUUAGUUGAAUUGGAAAAUAUCCCAGCUGUGACUUAAAAGUUGUCCUUUGCAUUACGUAGAGUGCAGGCUACUGAAGAAAAGAGCUCAGAAAAGAGGAUCUUCAGUUGCAACACCUCUCUCCUUAUUGAUUAUGUACCUGUGAAGACCACGUGGACGCUUUGUAACCCAAAUACUAGUUUUGGGGAGGGUUUUCAGAAUUUACUUUUCCACCACAGUUGUGGGAAUACUUGGAAUCUAAGUUAAGAUUGUUCCUUGAAAUAAUCAAGGAAGCUCACUGUUGAUGUCCUCUAUAAUAAGGAAUGUAAUAAAAUUUUGAUAAA